GGUUUCUGUAUGACUGCUCAAUUGAGAGAUGGGUCACAUACUCAAUUCCACAUGGCGGCCAUGGAAUAACCCCCAAGAGAAAAUUUGAUAAGCCCAAUAACUUCUCGACAGUGUUGACCUAUAGUUGAACGUGCUCGAGAUUCUCCUCUCUUCGCUUUAUUGUUUGCCAUAUAACAGUCAUCUAUAUUUCCAAUAAUAGCUUCAGACGCUCAUACGCUUUCCGAAUCUGUAUUGACCCAACCGUGGCCUCAGGGUGGGGUCAGUCGAUGCUUUUCAUACUGGCCAGUUUCGACACAACAGCUACCACUGUGACAAACCCUUGCUUCUUUUACGUUCAAGAAGCGCUUCGUCAUGGAAAAAUUGAAAAUUGCAAUUUACUCCAUGAUCCAGAAGUUUCGCUUCUUUCCUGAAAUAUUGCAUUUUGGUGAUGAGGUAAUACCAUUUGUGAACCCUGUUAUUGUGGGUUUUGAGUUACGUCACAGCUCCAAAUAACAACCGAAGUUCUGUGAGGAUUUCGAACUUAUCGAGGAUGACAAUCUAAAGCUAACGUUUCAUUGUCAUUGUGAUGAAUACGUUCGCUUCCACCAGUAGCUAAUUUUGUCUAAGAGUGAAGAUCUCCAGAACAUCGGUAUUUUUCGCAACUCUUAUUCACAAAUCUUUAUACUUUUAAUAUUUAGAACAUGCUCAAGGAAUAUAUCGUGUUAGUGCGUUAGUAUUUGGUCGUCAGAUUGUUAAGGAAAGUUGAAGCGUUUUUAUGCUUGUUUUUUCUUUUUAUUGGAAACACGAUAAAGUAAGAUGAGUUGCUUCCUCUUUUUAAGAACUUGUAAUAACAAGACGUGAGACCCACUUCACCACAGACGUUAGUAUCGUGUCCAUCGUUUGCUUAUCUUGAAAAACGCUUAAAUUAAUUAAAUAUAGUUGCGUCCAUGGUUUAGAAAAUACUCUCUUAUCUUAUCUGUGUUUUAAAAAUAUUAUUUGGUUGGGGCAGUAUCUCCUCACCCACCCAUCCCCUCAGCAGCACAAUGUAAAAUUUACAUUAAUAGAUACAUUGAAGGUUUACUUUUGUAAAUCUUUCAUCGUGCCUAAAAAUUACCAAACUUUAGAACUUUGUUGUUCUUUACGUGUUUUCAUUUUCGAAACAGCUGAUUCUUAGCCAACAAGCGUAUUGUGCAUCAACAUGCAUGCGGAUGUGCCAUGACAUUCAGAAAUUUUAGGGCUGGACAAAAUAGUUCCACUUGGCCUCGAGUGUGUCACAAAAAGGAUUCGUCUGCCUCAGGCAUUCAGUUGUGAGUUGUGUUUCCGCUAAAAUGGACGUGUCGGCGAUUCUCCCUUUCCCUGUUUUCUGGGUAGUGACGAUAGUCUCCUCUUUGUUCAUCCUUUACAGAUAUGUUACGUCUUCAUUUGAUUACUUCUCUCAACAAGGAAUUCCUGGCCCUAAACCAAUCCCAAUCUUCGGCAAUAUGUGGGGUAUCUGGAAAGCCAAUAUUCCCGACUACGAUAUGGCAUUAGUGCAAAAGUAUGGCAAAGUUUUUGGGUAUUUUGACGGAUCUUUACCGAAUCUUUGGAUCACAGAUGUAGCUAUGAUAAAAGCCAUGUACGUCAAAGAUUUCGAUCACUUUGUCGAUCGCAGGAACUUUGAAAUCACAACCAAAGUCAUGCGCAAAUGGCUAACGGUAAUGAAGGGCCAAGAAUGGAAAGACAUUCGUUCGUCUGUUACUCCGGCUUUCACUACCGGGAAAAUUAAACGAAUGUCUGGGCUGAUUAGAGAUUGCGUCGUUCAACUGUGUGACAGAUUAACCGGUUUUACUGAGAUCGAAGGGAAGAUUGACGCAAAGCUGACAUUUAGUGCUUUCACAAUGGACGUGAUUGCCAGAUGUGCUUUUGGCCUCAAAAUCGACAGUCUUGGACACAAAGAUGAUCCAUUCGUUCGUAACUCUCAAUUUGUUUUCAAUCCAUCUGCUAACAAAUCACCGAUCGUCUUGCUACCCAUUAUGUAUCCCGAAUUAUGUGCUGCGUUAGGAAGGCUUGCAGAACACAUGUUUGUUACCAAGGAGUUGAAAUUCUUUUUCAAGUUUUUGGAAAAUGUCCUCGCUGAUCGUUUGCAAUCAAAAGAGAAAUAUCACGACUUUAUUGAAGUGGUUGAUGAAUCAAUCUCUCAGUUCACGAAGACGGUUGAUGGCGAAACCGUUCCAAUGUGGUCACGUGAAGUAAUGGACGAAAUUAUUAUAAGCCAGUCGACGCUCUUCCUGCUAGCAGGUUUCGACACAACAGCUACCACUUUGACAAACACUUGCUUUCAACUGGCCAGGAACCCUGAUGUACAGGAAACCUUGUAUGAAAGCAUCAUUGCAAAAAUGGAAAAUUAUGAUGAAGUGUGUCAUGAAAUGGUCCACGAUAUGCCUUAUUUGGAAAUGGUUAUCCAAGAAGUUUUGCGCUUCUAUCCACCUCUUGUACGCGUUGAACGUCAAUGCACCAAGGAUUAUUCUUACGACAAUGGACGCAUCAAGAUUAAAAAGGGACAAAUUGUAACUGUGCCGGCCUAUGCUCUGCAUCACAUGGAAGAAUAUUACCCGGAUCCAGAAAAAUUUGAUCCACAGAGGUGGACCCCAGAAAACAAAGCCAAACGCAAUCCCUACACGUACAUGGCCUUUGGAACAGGUCCUCGCAACUGUGUCGGCAUGCGCUUCGCCAUGGAAGGAUUGAAAAUUUCAAUUUGUUCCAUGAUCCAGAAGUAUCGCUUCUUUCCGGUUGCAGAAACUCCCGAGAAGCUGCGUUUUGAUGACGGCUAUUUAGCAGUUCUGCAACCACUUCACGCCAUUGUGGGAAUCGAAUGUCGUCGAAGGCGAUUCUGCUUAGCGCCUCAAAUCCCUUAAAUGAAAUGGAAUUGAAUGGCGACGAGGCAACGUUUCAUUUAUGUUGUAUCUUUAUCCCCGAACUAUGUGUUCGUCUGAAUGGAGACUAAAGCAUUUAUGGAAUGUCGUA